UACAAUUUGGAGCUGGCAGUAGCCUUAUAGCAUGGAGACGCAUUAAACAAAGUUACUAAAACACUGUUUAGUUUAAUAAAAUAACUGUUUAAGGUCAUAGUUGUAAUAUUUUUGCUCGCAAAGGGGAAUAGUUCCCAACCCCGCUAACAAAAUGCCUGUUAAAAACGAAGGGGAGGUGACUGAUGCCGAAGAGGUGUCCGGAGCUGAAUCAGAUCACUCGAACUCUAGUCAGGGCCGCGAAUCAACAGAUGAUGAGCCCAACGAAAUAGAGUCGGAUGAUGCCUCAGAGAUGGAUGCCAUAGAAAUGGAGAGGAGGCGGGCGGAGCACGUCGAAGAUUUAGCCAGCCUCGAGUUGCAAUUUGAACAAUUACGCGAGCAGUACUACCAAGAACGUAGCAAACUAAUCGAGAAACAAAUAGCAGACGUACGAAAUGAACGAUCCGACGAGUACUUAAUUCCACUGAAGGAGCUGGACAAAGCCUACCGCAAUCGGAUAGAAGUGGCAGAAAAACUACGUCAAUUUCGAUUAGAAAAUAUUGACCAUAAGCAUCAAUCUGAAGAACAAGCAGCAAUGCAAAACUUGGAGAGCGAAAAACAACUCCUUCGGGAUCAGUUAGAUGAAGACAUUGUAGACAAGAUAAGACGUCUGGAAGAAGACCGGAACAAUGUCGACAUAUCUUGGACGGACUGGGCGGUUGACAAACGUGCAAGUAAAGUUCGUGGGCCUGGUAGAAAAAAACCGGUCACAGUUACCGGUCCUUACAUUGUAUAUAUGCUACGGGAAGAAGAAAUCAUGGAGGACUGGACCAUAAUUCGAAAAUCCCUCAAUCGGUCAACACAUACAGCUACUGCUGCGCCCAUAUGA